AUGGGUGGGACGAUCCCGGUCCCGGGGCCAAAACGUUUUUUAGCAGGAAUAGGACCAAGUCCGGACCGUCUCGCCCCUGUCUUGGCAUGAAUCUAACGUGGAUAUGAGGAUAGCAGCCGUUUUCCGUCUCGGCUCUGGUUCCCCUCCUUCCCAAAAGAAAAUCUUGAUCCUUGGACCGAGACUGAGAACGUCUCACCCAUGUCUAAUAAUGACAAAUAGCGUUUGUAUUUAUAAAUAAUGUCAAUUAUUUACUUAACUAUGCGGCGUUGUCAAUAAGUAUUAGAUAUAUAGCAAAAACGACAUGUUCGAAAAAAAUAACUUUUCAUGCCGCUCCGU